AUGCUCCAGGAGGACCCUUGGCGCACACUGAUCUGCAAGUCCCAGUUUCUGCUCGAUGCCGACGGCACGUUGAAGCUAAACGACUUUAAUCGUGUAGAGUACGCGGGACUGCGCUUUGUGGACGGUGUACCAAGUGGUGCAAAGUGUAUGUUCAAAUUUGAAGUCGUCAAGGGAAAGUGGCGGUCCCCGGAAGAGUACCAGCAUUUGCGUUUGGAUGAAAAGCUGGAUAUCUAUAGCUUGUCACUGGUAUUAUGGACGUUGCGAGCACGGGUCAAGCCGUUUCAAAUGUACUCGAAAAGUAAGGUAUACGCGAUGGUGCCAAAAGGUGUUCGGCCGUCAGUGAAGAAAAUGAGCGACUAUCCUCAACAAAUGCAAGACCUAAUCGUCAGAGGCUGGGACAAUGAUCCUAAGAAACGACCGACCGCUACGGAAAUGGUUGACGAGAUUAAAUGUAUUUUGGCGAGCUAUAGAGAUAGGCGAUAG